GUCGCGACUACAUCCCGUCGUCGGAGUCCCGAGUCCGUGGUACGUUCUGCCCCAUGCAACCUCGCCCGUUCGGCUCGCGAACGCUUCCUCUGGAGCUCUGCGAGGCGAUAAUCGACUUAUGUCGGGAGGACCCCUCUACGCUGAGGGCAUGCAGUCGUGUGUCGCGUGCAUGGUUUCCUGCGUCUCGCAAGCACAUAUUCUCGUCUAUCAGGUUCGCUGAAGGCGAGGACAUCACUACCUUUCAAGCCUUGCUCUCUUCCGAGUUACCGGGAUCCAGUAGCAUCCCCAGUCUCGUCCGCGAUCUCUGCUUGGGCGGAAAUAUGCCGAGAUGCUUGGGCAUGAGGACCGGUCGCUGUUGGCUGACGCCAGGCUGCCCGGCCUGCUCGAGCAGUUCACUGCAGUGGAGACGCUACGGCUGGAGAAUCUCGAUCGGCCGAUCGCCACUGUUCCCGCCGUAGAGAACGCAGUCGCAGUGCUCGCGAGCAAGGUGGGUGAUCUCGCGCUACUCGGGCUCUGCAGAUCGCAUAUACAUCUACUCACUCACUGGUCGCAUCUAUGUAGGUGGCUCACCUGCACCUGCACUGGUCCGAGACCGGAUAUGGACAGGUUGGAUCAGACUUGAUCGAUAUUCUGUCCUCGUCGCCUCGAAGGUCC